ACGUGACCGGAGCACCAAGCCAAUAUGGCGGCGCCCAGGGGGCCGGGGCUGUUCUUCAAACCCGCGCUGCUCGGUUUGCUUGGGGUGGCAUGGUGCAGCUUAGGCUUCGGGGUUUCCCGAGACGAUGACCUGCUGCUGCCUUACCCACUCGCGCGCAGACGUCCCUCGCGGGACUGCGCCCGGGUGCACGCAGGCAGCCCAGAACAGGAGAGCUGGCCUCCGCCACCCACGAACCCCGGCGCCAGCCACCGCGCGGCCGUGCGCACCUUUGUGUCGCACUUCGAGGGACGCGCGGUGGCCGGCCACCUGACGCGGGUGGCUGACCCCCUACGCACUUUCUCGGUGCUGGAGCCGGGAGGACCCGGAGGCUGCGCGCAGAGGCGUCGCGCUACUGUGGAGGACACAGCCGUCCCGGCCGGUUGCCGCGUCGCUCAGAACGGUGGCUUCUUCCGCAUGGGCACUGGCGAGUGCUUGGGGAAUGUGGUGAGCGACGGGCGGCUGGUGAGCAGCUCUGGGGGACUGCAGAACGCUCAGUUCGGUAUCCGACGCGACGGGACCUUAGUCACCGGGUACCUGUCUGAGGAGGACGUUCUGGACACGGUGAACCCAUUCGUGCAGCUACUGAGCGGAGUGGUGUGGCUCAUCCGUAAUGGAAGCAUCUACAUCAACGAGAGCCAAGUCACCGAGUGCGAUGAGACGCAGGAGACAGGUUCUUUCAGCAAAUUUGUGAACGUGAUGUCAGCCAGGACAGCCGUGGGUCAUGACCGUAAGGGGCAGCUUAUACUCUUCCACGCGGACGGACAGACGGAGCAGCGUGGCCUCAACCUGUGGGAAAUGGCAGAGUUCCUGCUGAAACAAGACGUGGUCAAUGCCAUCAACCUGGAUGGAGGCGGUUCUGCCACCUUUGUGCUCAAUGGGACCCUGGCCAGUUACCCCUCAGAUCACUGCCAGGACAACAUGUGGCGCUGUCCCCGGCGUGUUUCCACUGUGGUGUGUGUGCAUGAACCCCGCUGCCAGCCACCCAACUGCAGCGGCCAUGGGACCUGUGUGGAUGGCCGUUGUGAAUGCACCAGCCACUUCUGGCACGGUGAAGCCUGCAGUGAGCUGACCUGCGGCCCCUCCAACUGCAGCCAGCAUGGGCUGUGCACAGAGAGUGAGUGGGGAGCCCACGGGAGGGCGGUGCUCUGGCGGGACCCGUGCCAGAGUCCACCUUUGUCCUUACCUGGCCUCCACGGUCUUGCUUUGGCAGCUGGCUGCCGGUGUGAUGCUGGAUGGACGGGAUCCAACUGCAGUGAAGAGUGUCCUCUGGGCUGGUAUGGGCCAGGUUGCCAGAGGCCUUGCCAGUGCGAGCACCAGCGUCCCUGUGACCCCCAGACUGGCAACUGCAGCAUCUCCCAAGUGAAGCAGUGUCUCCAGCCAACUGAGGCCACACCGAGGGCAGGAGGGCUGGCCUCUUUCACCGGGACCACGUGGCUGGCACUUACCCUCAUCCUAAUUUUCCUGCUGCUGAUCAGCACGGCCGUCAACGUGUCCUUGCUCCUGGGCUCCAGGGCAGAGAGGAACCGGCACCUCGACGGGGACUAUGUGUACCACCCACUGCAGGAGGUGAACGGGGAUGCGCUGGCUGCAGAGAAGGAGCAAACAGAGGAAACUUGCAACCCCUUCAAGGACUGACGGAGAGCUAGGCUGCCCCAGUGGUAUGCUGCAGAUAGUCUUGUCCCUGCUCCUCACUUUUACAGGGGCAGUUGUGAGGCCACUGGCAUGGAUGCUGUGCACCCUGCCACCCCUUGCCUGGCCAUGUCGCCCCUGUUCCCGUGCUGCGGCUCACGCCACCCCAGCAAUACGGAGCUCUGGAGAGCCUGCACCUGCUUCCCUGCCUGCCUGUAUCUGCUGCCCAGAGGCCUGUCUCCCACAGGGGUCUCGCCACUGCCAAAGACUCCCAGGAAGCCACUUGCAAAUGGAACUCUGUGGCCCAGGCAUGACAAAAGUGGCCACUCUGCUGGGCCGCCUGCACAGGGGUGGAAUGAAAGACUUACCCCGGGCUCAGCCACGGCGCAUGGCCGCCUCUAUGCAGCCUCAUCGCUGGACCGCCAACUAGAACUCUGCCUCUUGUCACAGGAGGCCCCUCAUAAGAAGGGAUGGGGAGGGAAGGAAGUCGCCAUGUUUACAGACCUAUUUUUUGUUGUCUUGCUCCCUAAAGGAGUUUUCUAACACUUGAAUAAAUUGGGAUACUAAAACGAGCCACCAC